AUGAAAAGCGGUCAGAACCACAAUUCACAGAAUGAUUCAUUCAGAACAUCGAAUUGUCAGCAUGCGGAGAAACAGAAAAGCUAUAUGGACCCGGAAUACACCAAUUGCUUGGUCGAGAAAAUUGAACAGGAGGAAAAAUGCAGUACGGCUAACGUAAAGAAGUCCCGGCAGAUUUCGAAGUUCGUGAAUGAUUUUGCAAGAUGA